CCGCGGACAGCCCAUAGCGUGUUAACUAUGGCGGCAGCGACGUCGAUGAUGCCGGUGUUUGGACACCAGAUUUCUCCUAAAAACGACCUGGUACCGGACUGGACCCGCCAGGAAGUCAGCACCGGGACCACCAUCAUGGCGGUGGAGUACGAUGGCGGAGUGGUGAUUGGAGCCGACUCUCGGACCACGACCGGAGCUUACAUCGCCAACAGGGUCACCGACAAGCUGACACCCAUCCACGACCGGAUCUUCUGCUGCAGAUCAGGAUCUGCUGCAGACACUCAGGCCAUCGCCGACGUGGUCACCUACCAGCUGGGCUUCCACAGCAUCGAGCUGGACGAGCCGCCGCUGGUGGAGACGGCAGCCAACCUGUUCAAGGCCAGCUGCUACCGGUACAGGGAGGAGCUGAUGGCCGGGAUCCUGGUGGCCGGCUGGGACCGCAGGAAGGCCGGGCAGGUGUACUGCGUUCCUAUUGGUGGGAUGUUGGUGCGCCAGCCGGUGGCCGUGGGCGGCAGCGGCAGCUCCUACAUCUACGGCUUCAUGGACUCCAACUACAAACCCGGGAUGAGCAAAGAGCAGUGUCUGGAGCUGACCAGCGCCGCUCUGACUCUGGCCAUGGAGCGCGACGGCUCCAGCGGCGGCGUGGUUCGUCUGGCGUCCAUCUCCGAGGACGGCGUGGAGCGCCGGGUCAUCCUGGGAAACCAGCUAACCAAGUUCUCCACACACUGAGCGCGCUCAGUGACACUGACCAAUCCAUUGAGUUUUUUUUUGUGUUUAAUAAAGGUUUCAAUCUGU